ACGACGUGACGUCAGAAACGUAACCUUUACGUGCCGUUGUUCAGCACAGUUGCAGAACACAUCAUGGCGUCAGGAACAGGAGAGUCGCCCGGUGGGCACGACGCUGAACUGGACGAGUUAUUGGACAGUGCACUGGAUGAUUUUGAUAAACCGUCUGCUCCUGAACCUGCAGCUGCGUCCACCAGCGGUGCAGAGAAGCCUCCUCUGCUCGAGGACAGCAAACUUUUCGAGACUCUCUUUGAGGGCGGCAUGGCUUCACAGGCCAGAGAAGAGUGGGAGAAGGCCAUGACAGAACUGGCCCACGAGGAACCAGAACUGCUGCAACACUUCCAAAAACUGUCAGAGGCAGCAGGCAAAGUUGGCACCGACACUGAAUCCCAGCAAGAGUUCACUUCUUGUCUUAAAGAAACUCUCCGUGGCCUUGCCAAGAAUGCAGACAACCUGCAGUCUUCAGGACUAGCUGGAGACGACCUGGUGAAAGCUCUGGAAGGGCUGGGGUUGGAUGAAGGUGGUGAUGGAGGAGGUGACGACGGGAACAUCCUUCCCAUCAUGCAGUCCAUCAUGCAGAAUCUACUCUCUAAAGAAGUGCUUUAUCCAUCUCUUAAAGAGAUCUCCACAAAGUACCCAGAGUGGCUGGAAGCCAACAAGCCGAGCCUCAAUGCACAAGACUACGAUCGCUAUGAGCAGCAGGCUCAGAUCAUGGGACAGAUCUGUAAGCUGUUUGAAAAAGAGGAAGGGGUAACGGAAAAUAAAGAGAGAAUAUUUGAGAGCAUCAUGGACCUGAUGCAAAAGCUUCAAGAAUUAGGCCAGCCACCCAAAGAGCUGGCAGGAGAUGCACCUCCUGGCUUCAAUUUUGACAUGGAGUCCCUGAAUCUCGCAGGAGUUCCUGGAGCCGGGGCGUCGGAGCAGUGCUCCAUCAUGUGAUGAGGUGGAGUUGUGUUUCAUCAGAAGCUCAACGGCCUCUCUGUGUCUUGUAACAACAAGGGGAGAUGACAGAGUGAAGCACAGGUCAGGAAAGAGUGUGACCAGACACUGUUCGAGGCGAAGACGUGCAGAAACAACGAGGAGCCACACAAACCAAAAUAAAAUACACUUUGGGCACACUUUUAUUUUUACGAGAGUCACUUUGCAACAGUUUGUCAGCAGCAUUCAACAAAUUCUCCAAGCGGCACAACCACUUCUGUCGCCCAUGUUGAUUUUAUUUACUCUUCAGCCUCUUGGUAAACUGUGUGAAGCCACCUCACGGGUUUGAUCUGUGCCUUUUCAUAAACACUAUAAGUUAUUUUAAGGGUUUUAUGAAUUGAAGAGGCUGCUGUUGCUCAGUAAAGAAAUUCAUAAAAGAGUUUUAACAUAAUGUGAACUGAAUUGAUGCCAGAUUUUCAACAAGUUUCUCAUUAUUUUUGGUAUUUAAUGAAGCUUUAAAUUCUUACAGUUGUGAGGAAAUUAUUAACCUGAAAUCAAACUGAAAACAACUAAGUGCAUAUUCCCUAAUUGUUAAAACAAUAACAGAAUUGAACGUCUUCUGAAAGAUUUCCAGCACCUUUUAACAUGAUCCAUUCCUAAUGUGUUUUUCCUCGUACUCCCAAGUUGAAGUGACAGACCUGAUUCCUGGAUGCCUUUGCUGUGGUUACAGUGGUCACUACAUUGACUGUAAAGUGCUUCCUGUGUGAUUCACUGUGUUUGCAAUGUGCAGUGAUGGUUUAUAUUGAUGUGGACUUCCUGCAAGAAGAGACAACCCUCCCCAGAGUGGGAUUUUAGUGUCAUAGUUUAGCAAAAGAAUGUGAGCAUCUGUACAUUAAGAGAGCCAUUUGUUGUUUUCAGAAAAGUCAGAUACAAAGUUGCAAACAUCUCGUUGUGUGACAUAAGGAGAGAAACAUGUCUGUAAAUCAAGCAGAUGCUCUGAAUGGAUAUGCAUCAACAGCCUGAUGUUAGCAUUUUUAUGUUUUGGCUCCAGUUGCUAGAGUUUGUUUACUUCAGUGACCCCUUUUCAUCAGCUGCUGUGGCCCAUGGGCAAAGGUUCACCUCAGUUACAAUAGAGAGAAAUCCAGAAGUGGCAUGACCGUCAACCCGUCAGUAACUGCACAAUAAAGGGGUACUGUGAAAGGAUUUAGCUAUGCACUAAAAAGAGAUCAGAUUCACAUUGAAUGCAGCUUUGUUGGGCUGUAAAGGUUUUCAUCAGCAGGUGAGGGUUCUGGCUAAUCAGUGCCCUGGGCCAACACAAACUCACAGCACUGAAAAACAUGAAAUAAACCAUAAUUGACACUUUUUGUUUUGUAAAUAUAAUGAUUAAAAAUUAUAUAUUA